AUGAGCACAUCUAGCCAUCCGCCCGGCAGUUCUGGCUCGCGGGAUUUUCGAGCAUCGGUUGGCACAAGCAGUACCGCGAUCGAUUCAGGCGCCCCGCGGCUAAGAGGACCACGAUCGCUUCCUCCCUGGAUCGACUCGUACGAAACAAGAUACGGAGCACCGACAGAGGACCAGCUCCAGCUACUAUCACCCCCGGCUCGAGCUGUUCCACCUCAGCAUAACCACUCCCCCAACGAACCCGACCGUCGCGUAUCGAAAGACGGUUAUGUCGACUGGACCGGUGACCCUACUCUAGUAAACGCCCGCCCGAGAACCAAGGCCAAGCUUACAGACGUCUUCCGUGGCAAAGGCGCACAGCACGGCAGGAAAUGGGAUCACCUGCGAACCGCAGAACCCGUCAUCGUCUCAGCACACAGGCCCGCAACCCAAGGCCCGCCGGCAGCAUGGAGAGACUUCCUCCAGUCGUCGGCCUACGGGCAUAUGGAAGGCGAAGAGUCGGAAGUUGUAGACGUCGAAGUGCUGGAUAAGUUGCAGCCCGAUUUCAAUAAGCGAUACGACGAAACCGUUCAUCGAGAUUUGGAAAAGGCGUCGUCGAAGCAAAGACGCUCCAAGACUAUGGUGCAGAGGAUGUGGUCUCUCAUCUUGCGACACUACCUGGUACCCCUGGUUUUCCGCCUUACCGUCAUGCUCACUUCCAUCGUGGCGCUGGCUAUCGCGGCGCGCAUUUACCGACAUGAGGAUGCCAAGAGCAACACCAGCCCGGAACGCGCGCAAAGCAUAGUCGCCAUCGCCGUCGAUACAGUCGCACUGCCCUACAUAGGCUACAUGCUGUGGGAUGAGUACACGGGCAAACCGUUGGGUCUCCGGCCUGCUGUCCAGAAGAUCGCCCUCAUCUUGCUGGACCUCUUUUUCAUUAUUUUCAAAUCCGCCAGCACAUCCCUGGCGUUCGAGUCCCUAGUUUUCCACAACGUCGAGGCAGGCCAGGUGAGGCAGCUCAGCCAGGCGUUGGCGGCUUUCAUGCUGGCUGGUCUACUGGCGUGGACCAUGAACUUCAUGGUCAACAUCUUCCGCACGGUUCAACGACUUGGAGGUGGAGAGGAUGAAAUCUCUCACGAUCGCAUGUAG